AUUUCCAUAAAACGUAACAAAACGGAAAGGCAAUUAAUGGGAUUUUCACUUUUCAACAAAAUAUACCGAAUAAAACCAUCGGAAAUGUCCAGAAUUGCUUUAGUCGGCGCUUGUGGAGCAUUGGUUUGGCUGUUGCGACGUUACUUCAGCGGUGCGGUCUGCCAGAACAACGUAAAUUUGCGAGGAAAAACUGCCCUUAUUACAGGAGGAAAUACAGGUCUCGGCAAAGCAACAGCCCUUACAUUGGCCCAGAAAGGAGCACGCGUAAUUUUGGCUUGCCGUAGCCUCAAACGAGGUGACAAAGCCGCUUCUGAAAUACGAUCGCAAGUAGAGAAUGCACAAGUUGCUGUUUACUUCCUUGAUUUGUCGUCCUUGAAUUCCGUACGAAAAUUUGUGCAAGAUUUCGUCAGGACUGAAAAUGGUUUGCAUAUAUUGAUUAACAAUGCAGGAAUUUAUGGCUGCCCGCACUGGAAGUCAGAGGAUGGUUACGAAAUGCAGUUUGCUGUCAAUCACCUUGGACACUUUUUGCUGACAAAUCUUUUGAUGGACACGCUAGCCCAGUCGGCUCCAAGCAGGGUCUUAGUUGUUACCAGUUCACUUCAUAAACGAGGUACCAUCGAGUUUGAUGAUCUAAGCGGCGAUAAAGAUUAUAAGCCUCGAAAAGCAUAUGCACAAAGCAAGCUUGCGAACUUGUUGUUUGCACACGAGCUGAAUAAACGUCUUCCAUCAGGUAGUGUAUAUUUAGGUGUGUGGUGAGAUACCAAGCCAUCCAGUGCCUGGUGUACUGGCAGCUAACAUAAAGAGGGUGGGAAACCCAUUACAACACUUCAACAAAUAUUCAUACACACAAACAACACUGUUACCAAGCGUGUAGGAACCGGGGGGGGCACGUUUUUAGAAGACACAUAAAACUGUCCUUUCUCCGAUAACAAAUGCCCUUUGCCUUCAUGAAAAAUGUUGUUCAGAUUGAAUUUUUAUGAUUGCAUUUAUUUUUCCUUCCCUCCCCCUCCUCCCAGGCCCUCAAUUUUAUGGGGGGCCUGAUUUGCAGCGGGCAGUAUUUUGGCGGGCACAGGAAAGAAAUUUGUAAUUAAAAUUGAGUAUCAGCAUUUUCCAAAACUGUGGAUGCAUUGAAAUGUGUUAUGUUUUUCGCGUCAAAACAUUCGGGAAUGCAACCACAUUCCAAAAAUUGUGAAAUAGACAUCUUGGGAAAUGGGAAUGGCAAUAUCUGAUGCAAAAAAUCUACUGAGAUUAGCUAAUAAUAGUUCUCACAUUCCAGAAUGGUUUGUCACAAAAACAUGGCAUGGUCUUUUGGUAAUAAUUUAUAAGCCUUCCCCAUCACACAUACUUGUCUGUAAUAAAUAAGCCACCCAGCAUUUUGAUCCAUUAGUGUGCAAGCAUCCUGUUGACGAGUAAAAGUGUUGUGCAUUACAACCGUAAAAUAGGCUUCUAACCCUUUAUGGUUAUUAUAAUUAUCGCAAAAUAUAAAGAGCUAUUUUAGGCAAAUUAAGCUAAAUAAAAGUAGAACAAUAAAGUAGAUGCAUACUUAGGUGCAUUGCAGCUGAAUGGACUAACAAGAUAAUUUGGCAGUUAGUGUGGUUGACAAGACUCUUCCCUUGACAUGUAGUGUUAGACUUGGAGUAAAAUAAUAAUUAAACAGUAGGGUCACAUAUUUUGAAACAAAUAAAUAUGAAAUAACUUGUGUUUAUAUUCAUGAAAUAUUAUGAGUUAAUGAGAAGAACAAGAUUUGUGAUUUGUCUUUGUUGGUUACAUUUGGGCCAUACCCUCCCUCUUUAUAAAUUGAAGUAAAUGGUUGUUUUAGCUAUAAUAUCCAUAACAAGAAAAUCACAUAUUUUGAAACCAAAUAAAUAUGUAACAUAACAUGUCAUUCAUGAAAGAUUGUGAGUUGAAAUGAACAAAUCUCUGUUGGUUACAGUUGGGCCACACCCUCCCUCUUUAUGAAUUGAAAUGGUUGUUUUAAUUGUAAUAUCUAUAACAACUCUUAUAGCCAACUGAUUAACCUGGCCAUUUUUUAGUAUCUAUUCUAGUGUAUUUUGCUUUGCACCACAAAGGGUUAUCGUUAGGUUAGCCUACUUAAAUGCAGAGCAGAAAGACAAUGUUGAAAAAUGGUCUCUGGAGUUUGAAAUGUCCAUGACUGGUGGAUUGACCUUAUGCAUGAAUGAUUGUUUCAACAUUAAUGGUACCAUUAAGAUCUGCAAUGUGUGUUUUUUUGUCUUUUAAGGAGUAACAGUCAACUCGCUACACCCUGGUAUAGUUUGGACAGAACUAGCCAGAUACAGUACAUUUAAUCCUAUCCUUAGAUAUCUUGCCUAUCCAUUAUUACUCCUGAUAUUAAAGACACCGUGGCAAGGAGCGCAGACCACAACAUAUUGUGCGACUGAACCGUCAUUGCAAGAGGUGUCUGGACUAUAUUUUGGUGACUGUAAACAAGAGGAAUGUGCUCAGCACGCAAAGGAUGACGGGACUGCCAAGAAGCUUUGGGAAGUCAGUGAAAAAAUGACUGGUUUGCAUCAAGAAUAAAUAAACUUUGAAUAUACUGAAGGUCCUGAAGGGGUAAAAUGGGAACUGAGAUUUGCAGGGUUUGGUGGAUAAUUCGUAUAUACGUGCAUGAUAUUGUAUCACUCAUAGCAUAUAAUUAUACAGUAUAUAUGCAGUUUAAUUAAGAUCUACCAGGAACGGAACCUUGCGAAAAAUGCAAUUAUAAGGUCCUCUGGCAGGCGUCGAACCAGCUUCUCUACGAUUCCAGUUCAGCCAAGUGAAGUGCAAAACCAACCUCGUUCCCAGAAAGCCCUGGGAACGAGGUUGAUGCAAAACUUAAACACAUCUUUCAUGAUCUGGAAUUUGCCUAUUUUUGGACUGGGAAAAUGGGAUUUAAGUUACUGAGAUUGGAAGGCACAAAUCCCAUAUAUACCAUUAUGAAAACAGCUGUAGGUGUUUAAGUACAGCUACAGAGCAAUAUUGGAUACUAGAGAAUUUGUCUAAAAAAGUCUAGGAUUCAACUUGAUGCGGUCAUUUACAUUUUUCCCAGCAAAACUAGUUCUCAAGAAAUUUUCUUUCGAUUUCACAGUUGGGCCUGCAGAUUGAGAGAAAAUUCGGGCUGGGAAAUUGCAUAUAUAGGCGCCACCCUUCAGGACUCUCAAUAGUACACUGGAAAAUUUGAAUCAUUUCCAAUGCUUUGAUUCUCUAGGUUUUCUAGAAAAUCUUCACACUUUUUCUGGUAAAUUUCCAAAGUUUUGGAUUUCUAACUUUUUCCCCGGGUAAUUUAUGAAUAAUGUAGAAUUUCUGCAGUAUGCAAGUGUUUCAAAUUUUCUAGUUAUUCCGGGAUUUAAAAAACAAUUGCUGUACUGUGUGUUAACUUUGUAAGUGUUUUAACUAUAAACUAGUAUAUAAACAGGUAAAAUGUAUAAAAUAAAAUUCUCUGGUCGAAGAGUGAGACGAAGACGAAGCAAGAAAACAAACACUCUUUACAUUUUUUACGAAUCACGUGUAUAUAGACAUAGCAGCCCAGCAAAAUGUGUAUUCUAAAAGCGAUUUAUUUGUGUUGCUCAUUAUACAUGCAGAUUCCGAUGUUUACGUCCUUGUAUUUUCAUACAGUAUAAUAUACUGUAUGAAAAUACAAUGACGUAAACAGCGGAAUCUGCAUGUAUAUAAAUAAUGAGCUACACAAAUAAAUCGCUUGACAGCAAAUUAUUGAGACGAACUUUAUAUUACGUAUUUUUAAGCGUUUAAUUUUAGAAUACACAUUUUGCUGGGCUGCCUAUGCCGACUAUGCCAUAUUAGAGGAUUUUAGACGGUUGCGAAGAGAGAUGGAUUUUAUGUUUGAGUGGCAAAAACAUAUUGUUUUUGACACGAGAACAUAAUUUCAUAUCUUCUCGCAACCGUUUAAUGUUCUGUUUAUUAUAUGGACUUUUAAUACACAGAGUGACAAAAAUACACACAAAGAUGACAUGUAAAUAUUUAUAAAGCACGCGAAAGACCAGUAUCAAACAUUAAAAGCGAUAUUUUUUAAAAUUAUAGUGCAAAAAUAAAACUAGUAAGAAU